AGGAAGAGGGCCAAUCAACUGAGAGGGACUUUAAACUCCUCCUCCUCCUUCUCUACCGCCACCACCUCGUUCUCGGCCUCGUCCUCACCAUGAAGGUCCUCUACGUCCUCGCCUGCAUCGCCGUGGCUGUCGCGUUUGCUAUGGGUGAAGACGGACAUGACCACGACCAUCCUUACGAGUGUGGCGGUGCUGGCCUGUUCACGGACCCCGCGGACCACUGCGAGGGCUUCCACGUCUGCGGUUACAACUGGGCCACCAAGCAAAUGGUACACAUCAAGUACAUCUCGUGCGGCGAAGGGAUGCUCUUCAACGGCUUCCGCUGUGUGGCCGAUUCUGAGUACACCUGCCCCUACUAAUUGGCUGAUUGGCGGCGCACAGGUGUAGAGGAGGCGGCCAGACGUACACACACACACACACACACACACACACACACACACACACACACCUAUUGAUAUAUAUUCUUAUUAAUCUGCAUUCAUUAAACAUAUCUUCAGUGUAAUUUAGUUUCUCUUUUCAUUGUUUUUUUGCAUUUUUUUCUCACUAUUUGGUUGGAUAUAAAUGAAAAAAAAAAUGGUGGGUGAUUAUUAUUGUAGUUUAUUAAUAAUUAUAGGCUACUCUACCUUAACACACACACACACACACACACACACACACACGCACACAUACAUACAUUAUUAAAACGAGUGUACGGACCGAGUUGAAGAACAUUAAAAAAUCAUGAAGAUC